AUUCACCAAAAAAAAAAACUACCUCUACAAAGCAUAAUCCACUACAUAUUUUAAGGUCUUAAAGAGAAUACAAUGGAAGCGAAGCUAGAGGUGACGGGGAGAGAAGUGAUUAAGCCUGCUUCACCAUCACCUCGUGAUCGCCUUCAACUCUCCAUCCUUGAUUUCCAUUGUCCCCCAGUCUAUGUGUCGACAGUCUUCUUCUACAAAGCUGGCGAUUACGUCCCGGAGACUUUCUCGGGAAAACUGAAAAGCUCUCUGGCCGAGACUCUGUCACGCUUCUAUCCACUGGCUGGACGAAUAGAAGGUGUUUCCAUCAGUUGUAACGACGAAGGAGCCGUGUUUAGCGAAGCAUACAGCGAUCUCCUUCUCCCUCAUUUCCUGAGAAACCUAAACACUGACUCUCUUGACGGAUUCCUCCCAAAGUUAGCCCCAGGAGAUUCUCCAGGGGAGUGGCCGUUGCUGAGUGUCAAGGUCACUUUCUUCGGGUCUGGAUCAGGAGUGGCGGUUUCUGUCUCUGUCUCUCACAAAAUCUGUGAUGCAACCUCAUUGGCGAUAUUUGUUAAUGAUUGGGCUACCACCACGGCCAAGGGGAAGUCAAACGAUAAGGCCGUAAACACUAUUGAGUUCGCUGAAACUACCAUUUUUCCGCCUCCUCAUAAAAUGUUUCAACAGUUCCCAUCAGAGGGAUCUAAUCUUGACAUCAAAAGUAUAAUCAAAAGAUUCGUCUUCGAACCCUCCAAGCUUGCUGAACUCAGGCACAAGGCUGCUAGCGAAGGCGUCCCUGUACCUACACGUGUUGAAGCUAUCAUGUCACUUCUCUGGAAAUGUGCCACAAGAUCCUCACGCUCUAACUCGGUAAGUCAAAGACAAGCGAUGAUGUCUCAGGCCAUGGACUUGCGGCCUAGGAUUCCAUCUACUCUUUUGUCAGAAAACGCGAUCGGCAACCUACAAACAGGUUUCGGUCUCAAGAAAGACGCGGAUAGGGAGUUGGAGAUUCCCGAAAUCGUGGCCAGAUUAAGGAAGGCCAAAGAAGGAUUCAACGAAAUGAUCGAAGAGAAUCUCCAAAGCAAUACACUUGGUCAGAGCUUGUUGAGUUUGAUGAACGAAGGAGACUACAAUGUACCGGACACAGACAUCUACAUAAUGUCUAGCUAGUGCAGAAAGCCUUUCUACAAGGUUGACUUUGGAUUGGGUUGCCCGGUCUGGAUGGGUUGCCCGUCAAGAACGAAUAACGGCAACUUUGUGUAUGUCGUGUUGAUUGAUUCAAAAGAAGGUGAUGGCGUAGAAGCAUGGAUAAGCAUACCUGAGCAAGACAUGUCCGUAUUCGUCAGUGACCAAGAGUUGCUUGCUUAUGCCAUCUUAAAUCCCCCGGUCUUGACCUAAACAAGACUAGCUACUACCAAUCGCACUUCAAUAUACAUCAAAAAUUGCACUACGCUGGAUUUACUAAGUUCUUGGCUUUUACGUGUUAUGGUGUGAUCUGAAUAAAGUGAACAAAUCAUUUUAAUUUCUUGUUGAUAUAUGUGUUCAUGACCUUGAUCUUGUUUGUACUAUAUGGUUUAUUCAUCGUUUGAUUUGUCAAAUUUGUA